CAGGGAGACCAAUUUUAACCCGCGAAUUUUGCAUCACUGCGGUUGAGGGAUGCCAGCAAGUUAGUGAAGAUGUAUUAGAUUGCUCACUUUUAUGCGGAUUUUUUUUUCAACUUGCAAGCGUCAGUAUUGGGCUCCACGAAGGGCAACCUCUUUCGAGGCGAAGAAAAAACCGCUUCGCUACCGUACAGUUUGGCCGGAAAACCCCCACUUGCGAAGAAACGUUGUGAAUCAGAACAAGCACAUUUGUAGGCGCACAAAAUAGGGGUAAUAAAACAUGUAGCGUGAUUGUUCCGUGUCAACUCCCUUCUGCUUAUCACCCACUGGCCACCGCGUGUGCAUUUAUCUACACCCAUGUAGGGUUCAUCCCCUAAAGCGUAAUGACCAAAAGGGUGCAUACGUUUAUGCGAGAGGAAAGCUUUUUAUAUGCCCACCCCCAUGCGGGCGCUCCACAGGAAAAGCCAUUUUUUUUUUUUUUUUUCUCUUAACUAGCACUCAGUUUGGCUAAAUGGGAGGAAGCGAUAAUUAUUUCAGACUCACUGGUGACACACAAGCAAAGGAGCAACAACAUUACAAAACGAAGAGGAACAAACGAGUAGACGAAAAAGCAGAAUUAUUUUGCUUCAUAUGUUUAGAGGAAAAUUUAGAAAACUGUUAUUUAAUAUCGUGUUGUUCUGUAUGCACAGCUUGUGUACAUAAAAGAUGCUGGUACAGCUGGAGGAAAACCCAAAAGUUGAGUUCCCUACGGUCGAAGAUUUUGGGGCUGAACAAAUUAGACCCAUUAUUAUGCACCAUUUGCAAAACGGGGACUGCGAAGAUAGAAGACGAGAAGGACUUCAACUGGAUCGUUAACAAUAAUACGAAUAAAGAAUACCUGCAGGAUGAGUUGUUAAGAACGAUUGCUUCCAUUUUGAACAACGAAGGGAAUGACAGCAGCAUCCCCAUUCUUCAUUUCAGAUAUAUUUUUUCCAUUAAUUUACUUUUUUUAAUCAUCACAAUUGUAGUCAUUAUAAUUUUUACAGUCGUUUUUCACUUUACGGCCACGUACGUCCUGCUCAUUGCGCUCUUCGUGCUCUACGAGAUUAUCGUUCUUCAGAUCGUUCUCUAUCUCUACGUGCGGAUUAGGUAUAGCUAA